UUUGUGAGCGACAUUUUAAAUAAACCCGAAGCUAACUGCUAAUUGUUACAGAGCUUGCGAACCUGCGAGCAGCUUACGUCAAAAACACGCAGGAUUUUAUUUAAACUGUAAAUAGUUAGUGAUUUGAGCGGUGUGCUGGUCAUACAACUCGUCGAAGACAGUCUGAAGAUUACCGAAGAUGUCCAGAUGUCCGACAUUGUGAUAAGAAUAAAAUACUGACGCUGUGCAGGUGAGUUCUUGUCCAGGCACAUUGGUCCAAAUUGGCUGGACCUUUGGGCUCUGGGCUUCAUCAGCUGGAGAAAAUGGCUGAUUUAGUGAAGGCAGAGGAGUUUUUGGAUGCUGAAUGCCCUCCAGAGUGCCUUGAUGAAGCACAAUCAGCUAUAGUUUCUGUUCAAGGAGAACAGGAUGAGAACCUGAAAACGGAAACCACCACCAGUACUAGUUCACCCCCAAGGGAAAAGGAGGCUGACAGCCCUUUAAAUACCGAAGGGGAGCAAAGUCUCCUCUCUAUGCCAUGCCUCAUGAAGGAGCUCCACCGAGACUCCCCCGAGUCCCAGCAUGCAUCUACAGGGAGUGACAAGCCAGCGUCACGCAACAUUUAUGAGAGUGACUCCUCAAAUCCUUGCAUGCUCUCUCCCUCAUCUAGUGGACACUUGGCUGACUCAGACACGCUUUCUUCAGGGGAAGAAGGGGCAGCUCCCCCUGUAGGAGAACACGAGGGUGGAAUGGAAACUGUAAACGAUCCUGGGCAAAUGGCAAAAAGACAAGCAUCUGCCACUGCUUCUGGGGGGAGGAAGUCUCGGCGGUCGCAUUCGGAGAGCGAGAUGCCUCCGAUUGCAAUGGCUGCAAAGAAGAACCGCUGUCAGCCAACGGCAAUAGCGACUGGGCAGGAGAAACAAACCAAUGGCAAGUUGACGAAAGUUAAAGGUCCCCGGAGCCAGAAACACAAAGAGCGUAUGCGCCUGCUGAGGCAGAAACGAGAGGCGGCAGCACGGAAGAAGUAUAACUUGCUGCAGGACAGCAGUACCAGUGACAGUGAGCUGACGUGUGACUCCAGCACCAGCUCCUCAGAUGAUGAUACUUCAGGAGGCAGCAAGACAAUCAAGACAGAUAUUCCAGACGGGCCUCCAGUAGUGGGCCACUAUGAUAUUUCAGACACUGAUUCUAACCAGGAGAGUUUGUGUGUGGCGACAGUCCGGCCCACGGUGAUAAGGCAUGAGCUAAAAACACACAGAGGCCAGGAUAUGGCAGCUCACUCUGGGUGUGUAAGAGCUCUGAGCUCGAUCUCAGGCUGUGUGGAGGCAGAGCUGCUGCACAAGGAGAGCUCUCAGCAUAAAGGCCAGAUUAAUAUUGCUUCCUCUGACAGUGAGGUGGAAAUAGUCGGCGUGCAAGAGAAAGCUCGAUGUGCCCAUCCGUGCGGAGGGGUGAUAAAGAGUUUGUCUUCCUGGAAGGAGAACUCUGUGGAGCAGUUGAACAACACAAAUGAGUCUCAGAUCUGGACUACCGUUUCCCCUCGGCCCAACUGGGUGUCCCCUCCUGAAGUGGUGGACCUUACGCUGGACGAGGACGCCGGACAUAAAUAUCGCCUUUAAACAGCUGAAAGCACCUGGCUUCCUUCUUUCUUAGUGUCUGAGUCUAGAUUUGCAGCCACUUGUUUCUCCUCAUGGGAUUACUGCUGCUUCAGAGCAUUUUGUCCCAUUUGUUUUCUAACAAUCACGUAUCAAAGCCAUUCUACUGGUGUGAUUUCCCGGCUCUUGCUUGUCUGCUUGGAACAUAAUGAAAUGGCACAGCACUCAUGAGUGCAAGUAGAAAUGUACAAGAAUGAUUUAUCUGUCAGCAAUAUCUUCCCUUCAUUUAAUACCUCAGUUACUCCUCGAACCGGUGCAGGUUAUGUUUGUGUCGUGUGCUCGCGAGCUGCUUUAGCGAGAACUUCGAGCCGGUUAGUGUCACUUUCUGGCUGUUGGCCUUAAUCACUACAGACUUUUUCUGGGAUCUUUUCACAAGUGGUUUAGCAUUUUUGACUUGUGGUGAAACGACGAGCUUCUGCUGGGGUUUUUUGUUGUACAGUAGAGCAUACGUAGGUGAGCAGGUUUGAUGUUGAGGAGUGAAUUUUUGUUUUCUUUAAGGUCUCACACUGGAUAUGCAUCUAAAUCGGUCCCCUUUCAUAGCCUGCUUUGCACAGUGUCUUAAGUCGACACAGCUUGUUGUCUGAUACCUACAGAGGGGUUUUUGUUUUAUCCUAAAGGAGUUGUGAGACUGUAGGGAAGGAUCGGAACUUAAAACGCAUCUGUCCUGACCUAAAUGACCAGCCUAACAACAACUCCAAAGCUCACAGAUCCAUCAAAUCUGUCACACUAGACGAAGUUCUUUCAUUAUGACUUGAUGCCUGCUUCUUUAUAAAAGGCAAAAAAGCGAUAAACACUUAAUUUUAAGCUGUUUUUGACAGGCCGCUCUUUGAAUAACCUCAGUUUGGAGAAGCAGUGAUUAGAUUAACUGUUGUCUACAAUUAAAGGUGCAAUCUGGAGUUUUCCCCUUUUCGGGGAUUAUGUAUGAUUUUUUUUUUUUUUAGAAAUCUAUAAAUCAACUUUUUUUUAAAUUAAGCCCCCACCCCAUAGUGCCCCAUGUAAUUUUACCUGAGCGCUGCUCAGCAUUAGCCAAUAGCGUUAAACAUCUGCCUAUAUACAGUUGUCCCUCAUAGAGCCUAUGCGCACUUUCGCGGAUGUGCCUAGACCAAUUGCACAGUUGGGAGACAUUUCUAAUGGACAAAUAAAUCUUUAAAGGUGUGGAACACUAAAAAACAAUUUUUUUAAUUAAUUCUGAUAAUAAUCGGUCACGUUGAGUUGAACGUGCAGGCUGAACAUGAAAAUAGUCUCCUACACCUAUCAGCUGCAUUAGCUUCUGAUAGAAAAUAGACAACGAAACGUUAGGAUUUGAAAAGUGACAAGUCCACGUCACAUUGUCACUUGAUAUUCAUGAUCUCACCCAUCUUGACUUGUGACGGGGAAGGCUGUUUGUUCAGCAUCCAAGAAACCUCAGAGAACGACUCGGCUAGAUUAGGCCAACCAUUAGCAUCUCCACAACACGGCAGAAGCUCCUCCAUGCUUGUGUUAACUGUGGAGAUAAUACAUCCAUGUUGUAUUGAUUAAACAAGUGUUCUACACCUUAAAUAUAUAUUAAUAAAUGGUAUAAUGUGAUAAUAAUAAUGCUAAAACAACACACUUUAGCUCUGUUGCCUAGCUGCAUGUUCACAAAUGAGAGGCGUCGUUUCCAGUUGUAAUCAUGUAAACGGAGCGAGGGGUUUAAAGGUGCAAUUUCUUUUCCUGUAGAUGCCCUCUGAUAAAAAAACAACUAUUCUGCAUUUUUGUCAGUUACAAAAAGAAUUUCUCAAAAAUCAUAAUGCUCCUAAAGCAAAUGUUUGCUAAUAAAUUUAUCUUACGUGAUCUUUCUGCCAGAAAAUGUACCUGGCGCCAAUGGAACUGAUCUAGAAGUACGACAUAAAACUAGUCAGCAUAUAAACCAUAAAUUCAUCUGUUGAUUUUGUGAGCCGCUUAUCCUUGACUAGGGUCUCGGGGAGUUGGUACUUAAUGCCCUGGAUGGGUCAGUUGCCACGCAGCAGAAAGAACGCAGAUUUUCUGCACAGAGUUGGCGUGUUUACCCUAUGAUGUGUGGUCACUUAGGCGAUUCUGUUAAUUAUUUUAAGUAAUUGGUUUGAGUCUGACAAAAAAAAGCACCUGACUACGCAAAAUUUUCUAUACUGCUACCAUGUCCUCAUUGUUGCGCUCUGUUUUUUGUAUGUCACGUACAGAUCACCCUGCGCUACCUAAGAACUACUAGAGCCGCCCUGCUAUGACGAGCCCACCCACUAGAUCCAUUUCUUAGUUGUAAUACAAAACCACCUGAACCAUAGAGUUGAGUCGAGAAGCGGAAAAGGGCCAUAAAUCAGGGAUAGUCAACUUGUUGCCCAUAAGCUGUGAUUCUUUCACUAAAUACCAUACAAAUACAGGCCAGUUACCAUUUAAAUCCACAAUGCUAUCGCUAGGUGGCGCUGUGUUAUAUCCACAGCUCCUCAUCACACAGUGCAAUGCACUCUGAAAGGUUUGCUCAUUUAGCUGUCAGAGUUUAGCAUGUGUACUGUAUGUUUUUAGACUUUCUUGUGUGUGCCUGCUGGACUGGUGACCUGCCCAAGAUGUCUCCCGCCUUUUACCCAGUGAAUCCUAGAGUUAGACACCAGCUUCCCAUGACCCCAUUGAGGAAAAGCAAUUAACAAAAGGAGUGAGGAAUUAUCGAUAGCAUCAGUUAUUUGAAAAUGGAAUGAAAGUCGCAUCGUUUGCCCCCUAAGCGAUUUUGCUCGUCAGUGAAUGUAUGACCUUGCAGUGCUGUUUGGGUGUUUUCGCAGUCUGUAUGUUUAUCCUAAACAGGUGAUCUCCUUUACUCUGGGGAAUCCUAAUAACAGGAAAUGCAUCCUCCCUUGAAUAAUGCAAAGCAACAUGGCCUGAAUGGCUUGAAUAGUGCACUAUUUUUGUUUUUCAGCAUGGUAUAAAUCAUAUUUAAAAAAUUACAUUUUGCCGUCUCACUUGCAUAUUUUAAUGUUUGUGAACAAAUUUUUUUUAAAGAUGUCUACUUGUUGAUGUGUAGGACGUUGGGCAUUUAGUGUGUGUGUGUGUGUGCACAAUUUUUAACCUCAAUCAAUGGGGUCCCCCCCCAUUCUUUAUUACUUACAAUUUGAAACUAAUUCUAGUUUUUGCUCCUAAAGAAAAGUUGCUUUCCUUUUAUGUUUCUAGAAACGUUAACAGAAAGGGAUAGUUGUAAGUACAAGAAUUUAAACCAAAGUGAAUUUUGUGUUCUCAGUUGAACUUUCUUGUUCAUUGUAAAGUCCCUUUGUGCAUCGAAAUCUUUUAAUUUGGUAAUCCAUGCUUUUGUAAAAGAUGUGACAUGGAUUACAAUUCAAACUCACGGUUUUGUUAAAUAUAUUUUAGUUUUUAUUUGGCCUGUUCUGUACUGUAAGCAGCUGUUGCUGUAUUCUCUGAUACAGAUCAUUUCUGCUUGCAAAUCUAAAACUGCUCCGUGAUAUUUAUGUUAGAUUGUUGGUAAGACCAUUGAAUGCAUCCUUACUAACAUCAGUCAAAAACAGGUCAAGGUGGCUGGAUGAUGGUUGCACAUUUUAUGUUUAUUAGCAUAUUUUAUUCUCCGUUCAGACAUUUUUCCUCAGUAAUUCAGUCAUUGCUCUUUUGUUUCAACUCUGUUUUACUGUCAGUAUUUUAAACAAACAAAUGUUUAUGUUGCUUCUGCAGGUCCCCAGCUUACAUCAGUUUAUUUGUAGAACAAAAAAACUAUUUUAAGAGUAAAUAAAUAGUGUUAUUUAAUGA